AUGGUGGCGAAAAAGGACAAGCAGUCGGCUGAAAAGCAAAACCCGCGCGAAGCCCCCGCCCCUAAGAAGGGUAAGAACGUCGCAGUUCCGACCCCCCCUGCCCCCCAACCCCCCAGAGAGAAGGCCAAGCAUAGGAAACGUAAGGCUCCUGCCUUAGAGGAACAGGUUCAAGUCCAAGCCCCGGUCCCAGAAUCGUCCGCUCCGGCUCUUAAGUCCGACAAGGAGCGCCAGAUUGCUACACUCACCCGCAUCUCGGAGUCCGACAGGGUUCAACUGUCGAACUCCGGCAGAGCCCUUUUUCUUACUAUUCCGCGCCAGGAGCAACCGAAAACGGUGCAGCAAAUCAAGGCAUUAAAGGAUCUCGUCAUAUUGUCCAGGGCGAAAGAUGGCUUGGCAGCCCUCACGGCCAGCGGUAAUAGUUAUGUCGCUGCCCUCUAUAACUCCACCGCUGCUAGGGACCAAGCCCUCUCGAUCCUACAGAACGAACGGAUCACAUCGCGUUCGAGAAACAUCCCUAUCAUGGUUGCGCCCUUUAGAGUUAUCGCCGGCCCUAAGUCCAAGUCGUCGUGGUUUAUACCAGUGGGACCCCUGAAUAGCAUUGAGGAUAUUGCAGCAGACGUCUUUCUAUUCCGUGAGCUGCACAGCCUUAAAGCCCAUUUUGCUAUUCGGCAAGUCCUACAGCAGAAGGUGUACUCUGGAAUUAUCGCCAUCAUGUGGGAAUCGCAGGUCCCCUUUGUCUCAAAGCAAGUGCAAAUCUGUGGACAGACGAGGUUGAUCACUGCUGAGAGCCCGCGGAAUUGUCGCCUCUGUGGCCAGUCCCACUCCUGCCGGGAUUGUGAGGACGCUACAGGUGGGAAGUCGUUGGGUCCGGUUCAAUGGACCUCCCGUGAACCUGGUGAAUAUGUCGCCACGAAGGUUGCGGGGGGAGUGGCCCAAAUGAAGCUUCUGGCUGGCGAAGGAGCUAAGCGCAAGGAAAAGAAAAGGAAGCGCGAAAGUCACAUCCCUAAGGUGCCUAAUGUGAAUAAAGUCGUAGAGGAUCUGAUGAACGUGUAA